AUUGGUCGUUAUGGUAACCUGGGCAAUGUAUACAAAAGAAAGCUAUUUCAUGCUCAACGCAAUAGUAACGCAACAUGCGCUGUUGACGGGCGCUCUAUGUCUAUAUAACUCCCUUGAACCCGACCCAAAGCCAAACCCGGACGCAGAUCUUCAAUCGCAAUCGUGCACUCCCGAGUCCAAGUCUCGCCUGCCUUUGCUCGAUGCUCUCUCCCGAUUCUUUCCCAAAACUCGUAAGUCUGUGGGCUGGGUCUCACCAUCGGGAGUGAGCGUUUCCUUUUGCUCCUCCAAUGGACUCUGA